GAGAAAAGAAGCGUGACACCAAACACGGCGCCGUCUCCCUCCUCGCCCGCUCGCUCCGCUUAUAGCCUGCUGCCAUCCGCUGUCGUCUCCUCUCAACUCUCAUCUCCUCGCGCCGCUUCUCCUACGGUCCUACCUCCCAAGCCCCAACCCCUGCAGCCCUGCUCGCUCGCCACCUCCCGCCCUUUUUAAACCACCACCGCUGCCAAAUUUCCUUUGCCUCCCCACCACCGCCGCUUUGCUGCUGCGGUCUAGCUAAUAAGCUAGCAAUACUAGUUAGGCCACGCUUAGUGUAGAGAUAGCCAGCUGCCGCGGCACGACGCGACGCGGAGGGAAGCGACACGAGGCCUGCGGCUCUCGGGAAUUCAAGGCGGGUGUUGUCGUGCUGGUCUGGUUUCUUUGACCGAUCGAUGGGGUCGUCCACGGAUCACGGCGGCGCCGGCGGGAGGGGCAAGAAGCAGGGGUCGCAGUUGUGGAAGAAGGCGCUGCUGCAUUCUUGCCUCUGCUUCGUCAUGGGCUUCUUCACCGGCUUCGCGCCGUCGUCGGUGUCCGACUGGACGUCCGCGGCGGUCUCGGCGGGCGGGAUGGGCAGCAGCCACGUGGUCCGGGCGCUGGGCGGGGCCGUGAACCGGAGCCUGCUGGCGCACGGCGCGGCCGUCGGCGGCGCGGGCCUGCUGGGCGACGCGGGCCUGCUGGGCGACGCGGCGGCGUCCCCGCGGCCGCUGCUGGUGGUCGUCACGACGACGGAGUCGACGCCCGCGGCGUCCGGCGAGCGCGCCGCGGCGCUGACGCGGAUGGCGCACACGCUGCGGCUGGCGCCGCCGCCGCUGCUGUGGGUGGUGGUGGAGGCCGCCACGGACGUGCCGGCCACCGCGCGGCUGCUGCGCACCACGGGGCUCAUGUACCGCCACCUGACCUACAAGGACAACUUCACGGCCGCCGACGCCGCCGCGGGCAAGGAGCGGCACCACCAGCGGAACGUGGCGCUCGGGCACAUCGAGCACCACCGCCUCGCCGGCGUAGUCGUCUUCGCCGGCCUCGGCGACACCUUCGACCUCCGCUUCUUCGACCAGCUCCGGCAGAUCAGCGCGUUCGGCGCGUGGCCGGUGGCGACGAUGGCGCGGGACGCGAGGAAGGUCGUGGUCCGGGGCCCCGCGUGCAGCUCGUCCGCGGUCACCGGCUGGUUCUCCCUGGACUUCAGCAACGGCACGGCGGCCUCCGCGACGACGGCGAGGCCCCCCGAGGUGGACGCCCACGGCUUCGCCUUCAACAGCUCCGUGCUCUGGGACCCCGAGCGCUGGGGCCGCUACCCGACCUCCGAGCCCGACAAGUCCCAGGACUCGAUGAAGUUCGUCCAGCAAGUGGUUUUGGAAGAUUUUAGCAAGGUGAAGGGCAUUCCUUCCGAUUGUUCAGAGGUCAUGGUAUGGCACGUCGAUUCGACCGCCCCUUCUUCCUCUUCUUAGCAACCAUCUCUGGAGAACAAGAGAAGAUAGAAAGGGUGAUCAUAGAAGAGGUAAAUGGACGAGCUAGAGGACGGCCCCAGAGUGGUGUACAUUGUACAUGCAUAGCUACACUAUCGAGGUGCUGGUUGUCCUCAAGCUGCAAAGAAGGGAAAUUUUGGGUUUCUCACCAGGGGAAUCGAUCAACCUCUGACCCCACUUCUCCAUCAUAUUGUACAAUUUUUCACUAUUCUUUUUUCUAAAAAAAUGUGAUAUAUGUAUAAUUUCUUCUUUUCUUUUUUUUUCUCAAGAGGGUUUAGGUGAAUACAUACAUAAUACCCCCUUGAUGUGUCUCUCAAAGCUGUAAUGGAUUAGAAGGCAAGCUAAAAAAAUCCAGUUAACAAUGAUGAUACACAAUUACGUACA